GUGACCCGCGCCGCGCUCGAGGCGCUGCCCGAGUCGUGCGGCGGCCUCGACGCGCUCGAGUACCUGGAUCUCUCGUACAACCUCCUGGCGUCGCUGCCCGACUCCAUCGGCGCGCUGUCCGAACUCAAGGUGUUGGAGGCCCGGGGGAACCGUCUCCAGACGCUCCCCGAGAGCAUCGCCGGCCUCGCGAGCCUCGAGCGCCUCGAGCUCGCCUCGAACGAUCUGAGCGCGCUCCCGGAGUCCAUCGGCGACCUCGCGGCGCUCGCGACGCUCGUGCUCGACAUGAACGAGCUCACGAGCUUCCCGGACUCGCUCGGCGAUCUCGCCUCGCUCGAGACCCCGAGCGCGAUCGAGAACGGGCUCGUCGAGCUCCCGGGCUCCUUCGGCGGGCUGGCGAGCCUCGAGACGCUCGAUCUGAAGUACAACGCCCUCGAACGCCUGCCGCCGUCCUUCGCCGAGCUCGCGUCCCUGAGAUAUCUGGAUCUCAGCGCCAACGACCUCGCCGCGCUGCCG